AUGACAAGAAAAUUAAAAAACGAUGAAAUCGGAAUUAUUGUAUCAAACGGAAAAUUGGCUGCAGAAUCAUUGAAAUUGCUCAAACGAAGUAUGAAAUGUUUCUAUGCAACGCACGAAGUAAUUAAUGAUCUUAUCGUUUCUCUGGAAAAAACAAAUAUUUUUGCGAGUACACAUGUAGAAGAAAUGAAACAGAUAAUUAUUGAGAAUAACGAAAGAAUUUUUUUGCUCGAACAAGAAAAUAAAAGAUUAAAGGAAGAAUAUAUUAGGAAUCUUUCAUCGCAACCAUAUUUUGCUCGUCAAAUAUCUACCAUUCGUGAAAGACAUCAAUUAGAAAUUGCUCAAGUUUGCAUUUUUAAUAUUUCAGUUACGCCAACAAGAUCUGCAAAUUCUAUCAAUACAUUUCAGCAAAUAGCAUGUUUUAAAUGA